AAAGCGGAUUAGAAGAAAAAUCCUGCUCAUGUCCAACGACUGUCUAGACGUGAUGUCUUUCGAAAAACACUCGAGUCCUUCUUUCUCAUGGUCUAGUUGCGAUGCAACUCUCAAGAUUGCUGAGGGUAAUGAAGAACAAGACUCCCUCUUUGAGACGUUUGAGACGAUAAGACCAGGGCAGUACUCCUUUCAAUGUUCGAGCCUCCAACAAGCGGCUUCCUCGAGUCAUCUUAGUGUUUACUUGAGUAGAUCGUUCGUAUUUGAUGAGGGAAAGAAUGAAUUUCGUUGGCACAAAACCUGGAAACUUCCAGAGAUCAGAAUAGUCUACAGCGCUCCUGAUUUCGUUCCUACUAGCGACUUGACCGCUUGGAUAACUUGUGCUUGUCACACGGACUUGUCAAAUACUUUAGAAGUUUUAGGUCUGGAAGGUGUAACAAGGCAACCUUUAGAAGAUGGUCAGUGUGUAUUCUCCCGUCUUCGCUUCAAGUCCACAAGUAGUCUCCAAAGAGGGCGUCCUUUUUAUCUGGUAGUAUCUCUUCUAAGACAACACAUUUGUGUGGCAUCUCUUAUUUCUAAAGGCAUUUAUGUAUAUUCAAGAAAAGACGCCGAUAAGAAAAGAAAGAGAACGGAAGCUGCUAAAGAAUCCUUGUCCGAAAAGGCAUCAGCAGAAGAAGCCCAGACAUUUUAUGCUCCAUUUUUGCCCGAACUAUUUGACAGAGUCUUUUUUCGAAAGGCAAACGACCAUCGAGGACAAAAGGUGGUAGAGAGAAUAGAAAACUCUCCUGAAGGACUUUUAUCCUAUUUUCAAGCUCCCAACAUUCGUUUCAAAUGUAGACAUCCUGUGUUUUUGUUGUAUCGUUUCAGUAAUGCUCUUGUAUUGUUAAGAAACUCAGAAUUAUUUCCUUCUGACACAACGCAAGUUUAUAGAAGGUUCAUUUCGGAUCUUGGGACUUUUUCGACAGAAGCAUUUCCUAAAAGCGAUACAGGACCCUGUGCAAAAAGUGAAAAUAGUCCUAUUUGGUAUAUUUGUUGUCUCCAAAGUUGUAAAUGUUCUACAGAGGCAAGAAGGAAGAUUUUUGAAAACAUGGACCUCCUUAAAAGUGACAAACUUGGUUUUAUAGCAGAUUCGUCUAUUUGUGAUCCAAAGUUUCAGGUAUUGAUGGAUAUGGAGUCUCUCCGUUUGGAAUAUGAACGUGCUUAUGCUCUGUAUUCCAAUAACAACAAGAAACCUCGAGAAGAAAGAGAUUCCAGAGGAACUUUCUCUUCGGAUGUUCAAUCCCGUCACAACACUGAAGCUGGCCUAUUUGAAGAGCUUGAAUGUCCUUCUUUCUUGGAAGCUCCAAAUGCUUCCCAUUUAAGGUCCAACAAUCCUAUUGAAGAUACGGAAGAUGACUGGUUAGCGUUCAGCACCGAAGCACGUCUUUUCAAAGAAAGAUUUCAGUUUAAUCAUUUAGAAAUAAGACGUAUGUUAUCCAGUCUGACCGAUGCAGCAAUGAAUGCCGUGACGGACCAUUCAAAAGCUUGUAUAUCGCAUCUAAAACGAGUUUAUGUAGAGCUUUUUACCGUUCUCAGUGCCCAUGCCAAUGCAGAAGAUCAACUCAUAUUUCCUUUACUUAUGGAUCGGAUUCCUGGGAUAACAGAAUCGUAUAAUCUGGAUCAUUUCAUGGAAGGCAAAGAAUUGACUGCUAUCGGAGAGGCAAUAAUGAACUUUGAUCCCGAUCACGCUGGAGACUUAUUUUUGCAAAUUACGGGGUUUAGUGCAAAUCUUACUUUGCAUAUGGAAAAGGAAGAGGAGCAUAUCCUUCCACGACUGUUACAAGUAUUAAGUGACGAUGAGCUUAACGAUUUAAGAAAUAAGAUAGUGAGAGAGACCUGUCAAAUGCUUCAGCAAGGUCAGACGUCAGGUCUAUGGCAAAUAAGAGUUCCAUCAACGUCUUCAAAGUAUUCUGCUGAAUUUCCGUCUUCAAAGGAUACUAUUUCUCAAUUUUUUAGUUGAGCCUAAAGUAUAUUGUAGUAAUUGAAAUCAUUUUA